UUUUAUUUUCUUUUGGGUAAUUUAAUACUAUACAAUAUUAUUUUCCCCCAAAUUUAUACUCUUCCCAUGUUUUGAACCCAUCUCUCUCAAUAUCUCAUCCUUUAUCUUUUUUUUCCCCAUUAAAAAGAAGAAAAAAAAUGAACAAAAGAGUCUCUCUAUUUCUUCUACUAAUUCUGGUAUUGUUCAAUCCAAUCUCGUCAGCUCCAUCCUCGCCUGACCGUUUCACCAAGUCUCACUCGUACUCGCCCUCUAAUCUCGAAAAGAAAUCAUCACAAGAGUACUUCGAGUUAGCCCAACCUUUACCGUCCGAUCAUCUGAUCCCAUCGUUGACCGUAACAGUCUUACGACACUCCUUCGCUAACACCAUCAACGGCCCUCCUUUCUCCACCCCUUACUCUCCACCGUCCGAUUUCCCUCCCCCAUGGUCCUACGUCGUUGUCGAGUUUCGCGCCAAAUGCAAAGGCGAACAGUACGAUCGCAUCGCCGCCCUUUGGAUCGCCGGCGUGGAGAUCCUCCGAACCAGCACCGCCGAGCCUACUGAGUGUGGCAUCUUCUGGAAGGUUCGGAAGGAUGUUACCAAGUACUCUUCUCUUCUCUCUCGCCCAGACCUCGACCUAACAAUGAUGCUCGAAAACGUCGUCAACAAAGAAUACACCGGCGUAUACUAUGUCGAGGUCGACUUUCUCUAUUACAACGUCUCAGCAUUAAACGACCCAAAGCUCGGGCUCCCGAUUCCGAUUGAGAAGCUAGAGCUCGAUAGUAAAGACUCAGAUUUAGGGUUAUAUUCUAUGGAAUUCGAUGCGAAAAUCGAGGUUUCAGCUGAGGAACCGGCGGAUUUGAUUAUUCCGAUUGCGGAUUCCGGCGAAAGGGGGUUUUGGUUCAGAGUUGAGAGUGACUUGGAGUUGAAAUCCAGGGAAAUUCAAUUCCCUAGCAACACUCGCCGAGCUGUAGUGGAAUUGUACGUGUCGUUUCAUGGAAAUGACGAAUUUUGGUACUCGAAUCCUCCGAAUUCUUAUAUCACUAUGAACAAUUUAGAUACAGCUCGGGGUAAUGGAGGUUUCCGAGAGGUUUUUGUGACCAUCGAUGGAGAGAUAAUAGGAUCAGAAAUUCCUUUCCCGGUUAUCUUCACCGGCGGUAUCAAUCCAUUGUUCUGGGAACCGGUUGUGGCGAUUGGAGCAUUCAAUCUUCCGACGUAUGAUUUUGAAUUGACGCCAUUUUUGGGAAAGCUUCUGGACAAGAAAGUUCAUAAACUCGGCAUUGGGGUCUCGGAUGCGAUCUCGUAUUGGCUUGUUAACGCCAAUUUACACCUUUGGUUGGACCCCAAAUCGAAAUCAGUUGAAGCCCAAUCAAGUUUUGGGAAAAUCCCAGUUCUUGAAAUCGAGCGAGAUUUCGAGUUCAAGAAACUUGAUGGGUCGUCCAAGGUGAAAGCUGAGAGGACGACCACCUACAUUGGGUGGGUUAAGUGGAGUGGCGGAAAUUACACCACUACAUCCACUCACAACUACAAGUUCAAGUCCAAAAUCAGAUUCCGGAACAAUGGAACUUCCAAAUCAGUUAAGCAAAAAAUCAAGGCAAAAAGAGUAGUUGUGAUUAGAGACGUCGGCAAAAGAAAUAUAGUAGCCAUGGAAAGCGUCAAGAGAGGGUACCCAUUGAAGCUCUCCACUGAAACACGGCCGGGUACGCGUAAUAACACCUAUUUGCUCUUGACGAAUGUCUCCCAUGGCUUGAAAGAGAAGCGUUUACAUGGCGGCAAUUUGAGGAGAGUCCAUAAUAGUCAGGUGUCCGGGGGAUGGAUGGAAGUGAAGGAUCAUUCUGUUAUCUCCGGUAAUGCUUUUACCAACCAGACUUUCAUUUACAGGGACAAAUAUGGUUCUUAUUCCUGGAUUGUAGCCUCCGAAAAUGGCAAAAUUAUUAGGAACAAUACAAUCUUCGCAAGUUUGCCCAUAUUGUCUUCGUAAAUUUCUUGACUUUUUGCAAGUAAUAAUCGGGUGGCGUUUCUUUGUCAAAGGGGAAAAAAAUCUGUGUGGUUUCUAUAUUAUGAGAUUUCUUCUUUUUCUCGUAGUUUGUUUUGUUCAAAUGAAUUUUAGUGUAAACAUGUCUAGCCCUUUCUGUAUAUAGAAUGCACAGGUGUUGAAAUCUCUUCUAACAAUUUACACAAGUGUUCGAUGUUUAAUUUACAUUAUUAUUACACUAGUUUAGUUUACCUAUUA